ACUUUUGUCUGUUCCUGUUUGCAUUCCGUAGCAUAUCAUAUCGUUUAGAGUCGUGUGAGCAUAAUCUACUCAAUGUUCAAAGUCCCGUUCAUUAUGGAAGACAAAAUGGCUAAGAAUCGCUCAUCUAAGCUCAACAGUACYGUUGCCGCACUUGUCGCAGUUCUGUCAAUUGUUAUAGUGCUUUUGUGUUGCGGUGGUGAAUUUUUAAGAAUCGAGAUUCAACUGGAAGACCAUGCAUGGAGGCUUGAUAAGUUUGAGAAGCUGAAAGCAAACAAGAAUACUGAAAACAGUGGUGAUCUUGUUUCUUCGCAGCAUAAACAAGAAAUUGAGAUCAUGAAUUCGAUGAUCUCUGAUCAGGCUAAAAGACUAGAUCAUUUGGAAAGCCAGAUUAAAAUUCUUUUCAAGAAAUACGGUGCAAAAAAGAUUUAUGGUAAUAAAGGUGAUCCAUGUGAGAAUGACGCUCCAGGUCACCCAGACCUGGAACAGAAGAAUCUUUUCUCUCAGGCGGAAGGCCGACGAAGCAAAAGAGGGACCAAGCUUAAUCAACAUGAACUUGCUAAAGCAGUUGAACUCGCAAAUUAUAUUCCAAMGAUAAUUCAGGCGAUGGGGGCCUUACAGCUAGAAAAAAAAGUACCAGGACCGCGAGGACCACAAGGGGAAAGGGGAUACCCUGGUCCGCGGGGCUUACCGGGACCGAAGGGAGAUAUAGGGAAACGUGGUUUUCCGGGAGAAAGCGGAUUUCAAGGCCUUCAAGGCAUUCAGGGACAGAAAGGAGACUCUUGCUCAUUCAUCCUAACAAAACCAUCAGUAAUGAUUUCCCCUSCACGUUUGGUUAUCGAUGAAGGUCAAACGGCCACUUUGUAUUGUUUCGCUUGUGGUUACCCACGCCCUGAUAUUAAGUGGAGUAAAGAAAACGGUUCGAUGCCAAAAGAGAGAUAUACUGUUGACAGCAACGGAAAAUUAGAACUGAAAAACGUCACGUCAUCUGAUUCAGGAUAUUAUGUUUGCAAAGCUAGCAAUGAUCUUGGUAGUAAACAAACCAAAGCGAUAAUUGAAGUAAACUUUUCUCCUCGAGUKAAAAAGGGUAAUGUAAAAGUCUAUAAAAAGAUAGGCACUGACAUUGUUAUGCCUUGUMACGUGACAGGWYKUCCWAAACYAAAUGUCACGUGGUCAAAGUCCGUUGGSUCGCUACAGUYGAAUSGUACUGUAGCCAAGGAUGGACAUUUGACACUACUCGUGCUUAGGAAAGAGGAUUCUGGGACAUAUAGGUGURAAGCUGAAAACCGUCUUGGUUCUGUUACCAUGGAAACGAUGCUAACUGUUGUUGAGCUGCCAAGAUUCACUGUAAMACCUCCUUYAUCAUUUGCCAYYUACYAYGGACAGACAAUUCGCUUGAACUGUAGCGCRGAAGGAGAYCCUCGACCAAUAAUAACAUGGACAAAGGAAAAAGRCGUUCUUCCUGAAGGCAGGUAUGAAGUGAAAAAUGGUUCUUUGAUCCUAAAAAWUGUAAAUUCAACAGAUUYUGRUGUGUACGUUUGCACGGCAACAAGUGCUGGUGUUUCUGAUAUACAAUCAAGAUCGACCGUGAACGUUAUCUUUAAAGAUUGUUCAGAAGUCUACAAAUCAGGAGAGAGACGUGACGGUGUGUACAUGGUAGGGCCUGAUAGUCAAGGACAUUUUCAAGUGUACUGUGACAUGACWACUGACGRUGGGGGRUGGACUGUGUUYCAACGUCGUAAAGACGGAUCGGUGGAUUUUUAUCGCAAUUGGCAACAAUACAAAGCAGGUUUUGGAAACCUGAAUGGCGAGUUUUGGUUGGGCAACGAUUACAUCCAUCGACUGACAGCAAAAACACCAUCAAGUCUUCGCGUGGAAAUCGGGGACUGGGACGGAUCUCGGAAGUAUGCCAAAUAUGGYAGYUUUAGUGUMGGUGAUGAAUCAGACAAGUACAGGUUGAGUGUUGGCGGGUAUUCGGGUACAGCUGGAGACUCAAUAGCAUCUCAUAACAACUGGGCUUUUAGCACCAAAGAUAGAGAAAACGAUGGUCAUAGUAGUCGUAAUUGUGCAGUUGAGCGUACCGGUGCGUGGUGGUAUUUUGCUUGUGCACUAUCUAAUCUUAAUGGAAAGUAUUUAGGAAACGUAGUUAAGAAUGGUGGUUUAGAGUGGUACUAUUACAAAAACAACGAUCAGUCUUUUAAAACAAGUGAAAUGAAACUUCGACCACAAAAACCAUAAGCGCCGGGGACGCUAUCAUAGGGAGGGGGACACGRAGACUUAAUCAUAUUGAUGUUUCCAUUGGUACAAUGUCCACCCCUAUCUCCUAAGAGUUUCCUAAGGCUGUUUUCCAACCCCACUUGGUGACCGAGUCAUUCGGAGAUGGUAGGAAGAURUKUUUAUUGAUUAUUUCUGGAACUAAACACCACUGAAUAAACUUCUAAUCUGACUAAAUAUUUCGAUUUCAAAAAUCUGUAAAUCUCAAUAAAAUACAUAUAAAGGGUGCAUUAUGGGUAAUUUUCAAUGAGAAAUUGCCAACAAAACCCUCUUUAAUAGAUGUAGAAAUUAAUCGUGCAUUAUUUUGUGUGAUAUGAUAUUCAGAUACCUAUUGGGUUUAAUAUUGGCUAAAAACAUAUCAGGUAGUUUAACAAAUUUUUCAUCUUUACGACAUCUUUGAGAUAAAAAGAGACUGUAAAAUUUAUCACCAGCAUUUUGUACAGCGCAAAAGUUACAUUUUCUAUUGUUAUAAACAAUGUUAUCAUAGUGGUAGAACAGAUUCUACUGGUAACUUAUGUGCUGAAAUGCUAAAAUGGUGCUAACAACAUAUAAGUUGAAUUUAAGUAGAAUUGACCUGAAAGGUCUAAACAACAGAUAUGGUAACGUACGUAGCAUAACGUAGCAUAAUAAGCUUAGCCAGURUUUUUUUCGUUASCUAUUGAGCUACACAAUUUAAUAARCUAAGUAUUUAGUAUGAUUAAUAGGCAUUUUAUAUGAAAUGGUCACAUGGUCAAUCUGGAGGGCAAAAUUCCCACUGGGAUGUCCAAAACAAAGAAAAGUCAAGCUUAACGGGCUACGUUCCUUUGAUUUUGUGGUUGUUUACAUUCUUUUUCCCUCCAGAAUGGCGAACUAACUUAGUACCAUGCAAAAAGCCUAAUGUUGAUUUCGAUAAAUUGUAAUGCAUCAAUGAGAAAUGCUGCUAAGUAAUUCUAGCAUGUUCAUAUUGCUUAAAUGAAAUAGCUGAUCAAACGA